AUAUAAAUAGCAGGGUCCCAGCCAUUAUCCAGCACACCCACCACAUUUAUUGAAGGUCAUUCAAUGGGGGAUUCAAUGCGCAUCGAGCACAGGCGUGGAGGAGGCGGUGGCCGUCAAGCUUUGGGAAGAGGGCGUUCCUCGCGGGUUCAGAACCAUGGUGACCGCUCUCAUAGGGCAUGGAGCGAUAGGGAGGAUAUGCACUUCAUAGCUAUUCUGAAGGAAUUGGUCGCGACCGGAUGGAAGGCCGACAACGGCUUCAGAGUCGGAUAUCUUUCAAAGUUGGAAGAAUCCAUGCGCCGCGAGUUCCCGAACUCUGGUUUGAGAGCCAGCCCGCAUAUAACAUCGAAGCUUCACACAUGGAAAAAGCAAUACUCUGCUGUGACCUCAAUUCUGGAAAAAAGUGGUGUGGGGUUCAACAACCACGGCGAUUACAAGAUCGACUGCGAUGAGCAUCAGUGGAGUGAAAUAAUCAAGGUUGUAAGCAAUCAAUUAUCAUUAGCAAUGUCUUAUUAAAUUUGGAUUUGUUAUCAAUUAUCUUAUAAUAAAAAAAAACAUAGUCGUCUAUGGGUAAUAAUAUUGAUGAUGUUUUUCAA